UGCUACACACAUGCACACAAACAUACACUAGGUGGCCCGUCAACUACAGUGUUUUUCAUUUAGUAAACAAAAAUGGACUUUAUAGACGACUUUAUAGAGGAAUAUAAGUGCAAUCCGUGCCUAUGGAAGGCGGAUUCGGCGGACUUUAGAAACCGCAGUCGCCGGCAGGAGGCCUAUGCAAAACUGAUAGAGGUGGCCACCAAGCAUGGGGAAAUGUACAAUGUCGAGCGAACAAAGCAAAAGAUAAACAAUCUGCGUUGUGCAUUUCGUCAUCAGUUAAGGAAAUACAACGAGGUCAAGAAGAAGGGAGAGAAGUACGAGCCCUACUGCCCAAAGCGGCGAUAUUUCGAGUCCCUGAUGUUCCUGAAGGACGAAGAGAUUCCCGACAAGAAGUGCAAGCGCGAGCAGUCGGGGUGUUUGGAAGGCGGCUCCGUUCAGCUAGUGCAACCGGAGAUCUGCGACGAAUUCUCCGACGCAGAGAGUCUUUCCAAACCUGCAAAACCUUCGACGGAUGCGAUCAAGUUGUCGCCCAAUAACAGCGCUAACGAAUUUUGUGCCAACAUCUUCGAGGAGGCCGCCGCCGCUGACCCCGUUAUCAGUAUUAAGUCAAUCAAUCCAAACAACCAUGCUGGUGGCGCCACCAUCAAGGAGGUUGAGAUCGUGGUGCCCGCGAACAACAGGCUGUUGUCAGCCCGAAGAAAAUCCGUCCCGGACUUGGUCAAGUCCCCUCAUGGCGACCCCGAAUCGCCUAGCAAGCGCAUUGUGGUUCACAGCCAACAAAAACAGAACCAUAAUCAGGUCCAAAACCACAUCACCCGGAAACGUUCUUCCUCUGUAUCCUCUCAAAUAUCAGAGGAUAACGAGCCACAGCCUGGAAAAUUCCGAGCGGACAUCUCCACUAUCGACUUCGACCGACUUUUUUCGCUAGCACUUAAAAGUGCGGACAGCCAACUGGACGAUCAUUUCUCGAAUUUUGGAAAAAUCAUCGCCCACAAGUUGCGAUCGAUGGACAGCACCCAGGCUAUAUAUGCUGAGAAGAUUAUCGCCGAUGUCCUCUAUCAGGGACAGAUGAAAAUGCUAUCGACGCUGAGUAUACAUCAGUUCUUGGGUGUGGACAAUGCCACAGUCUAUCUAGAGAGCCAAAGCAAAUGAUGGCCCCCUUAAAGACGUACUUGUAGAGUUUAUAUAAUGAUAAGGUGUAAAAUACAUUCGUGUGUAUAAA